AUGGUUAAGUUAGCUAUUUUCUCCGUCUUUGCUCUUUGUGCUUUUAAAUCGAUCUCCUGUGAGCGUGUAGAAUUCGGGGACUGUGGUGAGUCUGCUUUUGGUUUGCGUUCUGAGAAAAGCAAAUUAUUCCCGGCAUAUUCUAUAAAUUUGUAAACGUGAAUUAUUACCGUUCAUGCAUAGGCAAGUGUGUGGUUGUGAAACUCUUCCAGUUGAAGUUAUGCAACAAGGGUCAAUUUCUUGUCCGGCCACUGGCUUUUGCUUGCAAUUUUAGCACUAUCCCACUUCUUCGCAGAGGCCCAGUGGGUACUCCUUCCCACGACAAAAAAGAGGCCUUUGCAUUCAGAACCCGAGACGGCAAAGGUAGUUGCCAAUAAGACAAACCUCACUUAUUAUAUCAUGAAAUUUUCUUUACCUAGGAAGUAAAAUGUCUACUUUGAAGGAAGUUGACAUCACACCUUGCCCCCAAGCAGCUGAGAAGAAGCCUUGCGAACUGAAGAGAGGGACGGAGGAGACCAUUGAAGUAAAGUUCACACCGAGUAAGAAUUGUUUACUCUUUUUUUCCCUUUUUUCAGAGGACCGUGUUUACCAAAAAUGUUUUGCAAACCGGUGUGUUUUAGCCUGCACGUAGCACGCACUUGGAGAAAGUACGGGGCGCGCGAGGGAAACACGUGAGGCGUGACUCUCUCGUGCGUCUUUUACCCACUCUUUCAAAGCAAUAAAAACUAUUUUUCUUCUAAUGAACCCCACAACCCUUCGCCUUCCUCGUUUUAAAAUUGUAUUAAAAUUCAAAUAAUAUUUCUGGGAAAGAGAGGAUGUGAUCCUUCUUUCUGGAUCAAGGAUAAAAGGUAAGUCAACUAUGAAUCCCUAUCAGUCAUCUCUUCUCAUACUUGCUCUAGCCAGGAAAGUAAUCUUGAAAAACAUGACAUCGAAAAGUCCCUCAAUGAGAAUACAAAUGAGGACCAGCUUUCUUAAUUGGUAGUUUUAAGACAACACAAGAGUUGAAGUUGAAAAAAAGUCCGCACGUUGGGUUUUACUACUGUUAUUAUCAUUUUUCUUUAAUUUUUUGUUUUCAAGCACAAGCCUAGCUUGCGAACAGCAGACGUAUUUCCGGUCGUCGCUUCUCUCCGCGACGACCGGAAAUACGUCUGCUGUUCGCAGGCUAGCACAAGCCAGUUUCAUACUGGUUAGUGAAAGCCGCGGAAAUGCUCAAUUAAAAAGUUAACGCCAGCGGAGUAUUAUUAACUGUUUUCCUUUGAUUCCAACGUAACUUUAGGAUUUUUAAUAAUAGAAAAAGCGGGACAAGGCUGAUCUGCGGAAUUUGUGCUACAGUCUCAUUCCAAUUCGCGGUAAAACUGAUCUAAUUUUGUCCGUGAAAGUACAAUGGGAUUGCUCGCUCUGGGUUAUGGGCAGGGUUCUUAUCUGGGUGGGGGCUUAAGGUACGGUAAAACGGCCAAUAAAAAAAGGGCAACUUGUUUUGCGACUCUGCUUCAAAACGAGUUGAAUAGCGAUGUUGCCCGUUUUACCACCCGCGAAAUAAAACUAUGCAACCUUAGCUGUUGCAAGAAAGGUUCGAACGUGUAAACGCGCAAUAUCGCUAUUCAAUUCGUUUUGCAGUAAUGUUGUAAAACAAGUUGCACGUUUUUUGUUGCCCGUUUUAUUGUAGCUUUACAUGCAGUGUGUUGUUUUGUUUCUUGCAGAGGAAAAUAUCACUGCAGCUACUACUAAAGUUUAUGGUACAGUCGCGGGUAUCAAGGUGCCUUUCCAGAUAGACAAUCCUAACGCAUGUGAAGAUCAGGGCAUCACCUGUCCCAUGAUUGCCGGAAAAGACUACACAUUCAAGACUGUGCUACCAAUCAAGUCGAUCUACCCUAGCGUAUGUAUUCUUGAAAUCCUGGCUUCUAGUCAACAAACGACCCUGGUUCCGAAGUCGUCCUCGGCGAUUUCGGUACGCGCUCGAUUCAACCUCGUCCCCAGGGCGCUUUUCUGGAGCGCCCUGGGGACGAGGUUGCGCUCGAUUCCAAGCAUCCUCUGCUGUUCAAUCUGAUAGCGGGAACGAAAUCGCCUGGGGACGAGGCUGCAAAUGUUUAGCUGAGCCUCAUAUAUCAAACAUAAACUCUACAAAAGGGCCAAUAUGCAGGACCUCAUCAAUCUUCCCCAAUUUCAUUGCCGUAACGCACCUUUGUGAGCAAAAUGCUUUGCAUUGUACCUUUCUGGGAGUGAAAAAUUCCGUCAAUUUAAAUGCAAUGGGAAUUCAUUGCUCUAAAGCCUCCAGAACGAGACAUGGCGGUGAAGUUAGAUGAGGCUUAUUAGCGGGUGUGACGUAAACAUGCAUUGUAGUAGCCCGAGUAUCAGGCCUUCCUAAGGGGCUAGGGGAGAGGAGAUUUUAGAUGGGGGGGGGGGGGGAGAAGAGAAGGAAGUUUCUCUCCUUCAGCUCUCUUCCUUUUUCGCUUCCAUCUUUCCCCUUUUCCCCCAGAAACGUCUGAUACUCAGGCUUGCAUCGUAGCAAUGUGUUGCGCUUUAUACGCCGGACGAUUACUCGCCCUUAUUAACCUUAAUUUUCGUCGGGCAUUAGACCUUUUACGGGCGAGCGUCGCUCGUGGGGAGAAACGCGCGCGUGACCAAACCCGAAGAAGGUCGGCGCGAGGGGAGCUUUCUUAACGGCCCUCGCUAUAUGGCCCCAGUAGCAGUCACGGGUCUAUUAAUAUGUGACUUUAUUUGCUCUGUUUAGGUCGACGUUAUAGUCCAGUGGGAGAUGCGAGACCAGGACAAAAAUUUGGUUUACUGUUGGAUUUUGACGGCCCAUGUGAGUGGCUAAGUCACUAACUUAUGAUGACUGACGUGACUAUGAAUGUGUAACGUUAUGAUUGUAUGACUCAGAGAUGGAAUGUUUUUUAUCUCACUUCAUUUGUUGAAAUAGGAUAUGUCGUCUUACAAAAAUAAAGUCACUGAAUUCAGUUUCUUAGUAUUUUUGUUUAUUGAUUUCUUCACAUUAUAGUAGACUUGAAGUGCCAUUCUUCACAAGCUGGGAUAUUUUCACCGCUUAACUUGUAUGGUAACCCAAGACAGUAUUUCCAAUGGGGUGAAUCCGACCGACGGAUUUUAAAUCUUAAAACGGAUUUCGCGUUCCUUUCCGCAAAUCCAAAUCUGGAUUCUUCAUCAGGUGAAUCCUUUAAGGAUUCAUUGGAUUUGAGUUCCAAAGAAUCUGAAUCCAAAUUAACGGAUUAGUGAUCUACGCUGUUCCAUUCACGGUGAAUCCGAAACCCGGGGGGGGGUACUCGCAGAAAAAUUGGGUAGGGGUGUGCGGCCCGCUUCCCAAAACCCUUACCCUAUUUAUGACCAAAAUCUGCGAUUUUCCCUACCCUAUUUAUGACCUGACCAAAAAUUUGAUACCCUAUUUUGUGAAGGGCUUUUUUUGCUUGUAUUUUCUAGCCUACAAAGCACCCGGUGGAGAGGAAGGCAAAGCGUGGAUGGAAGGAGGGGGACAUGAUAAGGAAGUAGCUUCUUCUAAAAAAGUGCAUUCAAGACUACAGUGCAAAAAUCGUUACCCUAUUUAUGAACAAAAUGGCGGCAAAAUAGCCAAAAUCGAUACCCAAUUUAUGACCAAAACGGCUGAAAAACCAUACCCUUUGGGGCCGCACAUACCUAUAUAGCCCAUAUUAGGGAGUGCCCCCCCCGGGAUCCGAAAUUAGUCAGAUGAUCCAGUGGUAUUUCUACUUGAAGUAUUGCGCCGAAGAGUUUCCUAGUUGAAUUGCCGCUAUUUGCCCUUAAACACAUCUGAAAACACUGGAAGAUUGCUCGUGGUACAGUAAAAUAUCCAAAUGCUAACCAUUAUAUUUGUAAGUAAAAGCAGGGCUCCUGGUAAAAGCGACAAAUGAAUUGCUAUCUUUCAACAACUAACUCGCUUGUAGACGUGAUAGGCACUAGAUCGUGUUACAUAGAAAAAGUCUGAGCUACGAAACUGGAUAAAACUGAGCCGACAACCUUUAGAUAAUUGUCAACUUGAACGCCCUUCUUUCUUGAUCUCCAUCGUCGCUAUUCGUAUUACUGAUUGCCGACCAGAAAAUUCUGCACCGUAUAAUCGCUUAAUUUGUCAAACAGUGCAAAACGCGCCAUUUCCUGAGAGGCUGUCAUGCAUAUGUACGCGUUUGCGAAAGGUUGCCAAGGUUAAAAAUACAAUUGCGGAUUUCGCGUUCCUUUCGACCGAGAAAUCGGGCAAACCUAGAAUCAAAAAUCGGUUUUUGGAUUAACCGAAAGGAGCACAACCAAAAAAAAAAUUUCUUGAUUCCACGCUGUGGAUUCCGAAUAGGCUAGAUUCCAUCGUUAGCGGGAUGCCGUGGAAUUCUUAGAUUCCAAAGUCCAGGAUUCUGGAUUCCACUAGUAAAAUUUCCUCGAUUCUGGAUUCCAAAAUCAAAGAUUUCCUGUUCCGGAAUACAUGUAGCUUACGUGGGCGAAUUGUUUCAAGUUCAGCUCCACAGCCAGGCUUGUAAACAGCCAACUCAUCAUCGUUUGCCUCCUGCCAGUUUUGGUUUUGCUUCAGAGGCACUUUCCAUAGAACAUUUUUGAACAUUAAAACUGUAAAACUAGGCAUUGAGAAAAUUGUAGCGGAUCUUGCGCGCGCGUUUGAAACAGCACUCUCGAAUUGUCAUAAUCUGGAUUAGGUAAGAAUUUCCCCUCACCACAUCUCAUUGAUCUGAUUUAUUAAAUUUUAUUUUUCUUACCUCUUUAGUCACAAGGCCAUGAUAGUUCUUUCCCCGCCCCUCCCAUUUUCGAACGAAUGAAGCCAUGGGAACGAUCACAUUUUUGUUACCAUUCCCCUCACAUCCGUCGAGGCUCGCCUCACUCACAGGCCCUAUAGUGGAGGUGCAGGAUCAUGUCGAAAAUUAAACAGAUGCGUUGUAUUGUUUUCCUUCUGUUAUUUAAUGAGUUACAAAAUUAGUAACAGCUGCUUUUCUGCAAUCCGGCCUUUAAGUGCGACUCUAGCUUUUAAGAUAAUAUGACGAAAAGUGUAAAAUCUUAGACAGAAUAAAAUGGUAAACCAAAACCCUCCAUUCCGUAGAAAUCAAUUAAGGAAGAAGCGUCGCAAAGGCUAGUCUGUUACACAGCCGUUUUUAGUGUCGUCACGCAACGGUCUUCCCGUCACGACACUAAAAACUGCUGUGUAGCAUGUAGUAGACUACGCAAAGGCUUUCCCUUCCUUGAUUUGGGGUGGGAAAGGGGAAUUUAACUUUUGCGUCGAUAGUUUACUUGUACGAUAGGUUCCCCUCCUGCCUUCUCUCCACUUUCCUAUGCAAAACAUCGACUAUUGCUCUCGACCAAUCAGCGCGCGAGAAAUCGGUUUUUUUCGUCACGCAAUGUAUUGUUUCCUUGACCAUCACGCGAUAUACAAAUCAUGUGAUGUCUGGUGAUGUCUGGUGACUUUUCAGCAACGUGCAAAGUUACGGACUCAAGAUGGCGAAGUUAGGUGUUCUUGCUGUCAUUUCGCUGUGCAGUAUUGUCCUUGCAUCUUGUGAACCUGUCAAAUUUAAGGAUUGUGGUAAGUGAUCGGUUCGUUAUUGUUAACCAGUGUUCGAUUAAUAAAGAGCCAGAUAUAGAGCGAACUUUUUUAUUCGCUACUACCAAUAAGAUAGGAUUCGACUGGAGUUUCGCUUUUCUUGCAAUUUUUGUUUUUGUUUGCCAAAAAGGUACCCGACCAAAGGCUGUUUAAAGGAAAAAACACUUUUGAUACCAGUAACUUACAAUACUUAAUUUAACAGGGUUCUGUCUAGGCUAUUUUGGGGGUAGAAGCUUCCACCCAAAGAAUAUAAAGUUCUUUUCCAGGCGGGGAACUCUGGGUUUCAAGUGCCCGGAAUGAUCGAAGGAUUUUGGGGUUUGAAAUUUUCGAUUCUGGGAUUUUUUUGGGAAGGAAAAUUUUGGCAAGUAUUUUUGGGGGGAGCUUGAUUUAAGUAGGGAUUUUUAUGGGUAUUCAAAACUAAUGUUUCUAUUUUUCGUGUUAUAUCGUUUAAUGCUUUCUGGAAAUUUUUAUGGCUGGGAAAUUUGGCAACACACAGCUACAACACACAUGUACAUUUAACAUCAAGCGCUGUAGAUCUGCACUAAAUAUCAAAAAGCGAAAAAAGGCAGUAGUGUUAGGUUGCAUUAUUGUACUUCACCAGCAGCAGUUGGCAAAAAGUGGUUGUCACUUUGCAAAAAUGGUCGUCAUAAGGAGCAACUUUUUAGAAAAUUGGGUGAUUCCAGAAAAUAUCCAUACCAUACCACGGGCGGCAUCUUGGAAUUCCGAGGGAGAGGGGGGGUUUCUUGGACUGGAAUUCCGAAGACGUGGGGGGGGUAACGCAGUUUGGAAUUCCAAAGGCAUGGGGGGAUGUUUCAGCUCUGAAUUCAGUGAAUUUCCAGAGGAAAGACGGCGAAAGCUCCGCUUGAAGUCGCUGACCUGUUAACAUUCCCAGUUUGUAAAUGAAGCACGAACCGACCACGGAAGAAGUAUGCGUUCAUGCAGAUGGGUUGUGCAGAUGGGUUGUGCAGCAAGCUCCACAUCGAAGAGGCCUUAAAGUUGAUGAAUUACUCAACUGAUUAAUAAAAAUAUAACCAAGUCGGUGUUUCUCGCCGAUUGUCGAUCGACGAUGUGUUGUUGCGUGCUGAAAACUCGCACCAGUCUCUCGUUUCCAAAUAGAACGCCUGACAGAUUUUGCAUUUCACGCCGAUUUUCACGCCAACAUGUAGCAAGGGAGGAACUAACCAAGGGAGGAACUACGCACUCCAGUCAAAAGACUCACACUAUCUUUAGAAAAACACUAAGCUGGAGUUUACUGAGUCACAAUUCAAUUCUCCAUAGUAAGUUUAUGUAGCUUCAGUUUAAGCUGCAGUUCACUCUUAUAAUAUUGGAUCUGUAAGUCACUAUCCGUGAUAACUUAACAUUCUGCAAAGAAAACUGACGAACUGGGCCCAGCAUGAUACAGCAUUGCAGAAAAACAUUACACUCACGGACUAAAGAAAAUCGCUUAGUUAUUCAGAUCCAGAAGGCACUUUGGAGAAAAUUGAAACCCUUAUUCAGCCGUAAUAAAAAAGCUUUACGCUUCAAAAGAGGUCUAAGAAAAUGCGCUUAAUGCAUCAGAAGGCAAAUCCUGCCGACCAGAAAACAAUAACUACUGUCAAUUGAUAUGUAUGUCAUGACCUCUCAGUGUGAAACAUGCGGCUAAAAUCACAUUUGCUCAGUAUAAAUGCAGAACCUUCCAGAGCAUAAUCUACCCAGCAGAUAAAAACAACUUUAUUGGAAUAAGCAGCAUUUUGGCAUGAGGUAAAAGUCAUGUAGGCCUACCACCCUCUUUUAUUGCUAAUUCUUUUGCAGAGGGAAAAAGUGCAAGUUUCUCGUUCGUUUGAAGAUUUAGGCAGACGAACAGGAAUUCCAAAGGGUCUGAAACAAAAGUGGAAAAUUCCGGAGGAGAAGGGGGGGUUAGCGAUUUUGGAAUUCGGAGGGCAAGGGGGGGAUAAGCAUUUUGGAAUUUCCGAGGGCAAGGGGGGGUUAUAAUACUCAUGCCACCCGUGGUAGGGUAUGGAUAUUUUCUGGAAUCACCCAUUCUGGCAACUUCGGGUAGCUUUUAAAGAAUUUUGGGGCAACUUUUAAGAAAAUUAGGAGCAACUUGUGGCUGAAGCUACCUCCCGGGCGGUAAUACUCAAAUUUCCUCUUAUGACAACCAUAUCAUUCCAAGGGCAUAGCUUGAGAUUUUUUUAAGGUGUACGCACGGGAAGAAAAUAUAGGGGAGUCUGGGAGCAUGUUCCCCCAGAAAAAUUUUAAAUAUUAGGGUCUUGGAAAUGCAAUCUCCAGCAUUUUCCGCAGGAGAUUUUCGGUAAAUAACAACUAAAGAAAAUACCUCAAUUAUUUGUUUAUUUGACCUAUCUCUAGUGUUAUCAGUAAGGUACAGUGUUAAUUGAAAAAAGGGUAAAACAGUGACGUCAUCAAGGAGUUUACAAGCAAAGGAUGAGACAUGUACCCUUCACAACACCAUCUAUAUCAAUAAUUGAUAUAAUAAUUAUUAUUAGUUAAUUAUUAACGUCCUUGUGCUUGUGUAGGAGCAGAAUUGCAAGAGAACUCAAUCUCUCGUCUGUCAAUAAUUUGAUUUAUUUCUCUAGAAAUAAAUCGUUUCUGGAAGUCCUUUUGGGUGGUGUCAGAAUUUAAAAAACGCUAGUUUGUCGAGACUCAGUUUUGGCGUUUUAAAACUCGAUUCGUUUGAGUCUCGGGCGUUCUUCCAGUUUUGUCUCGUCACGCAAUGCUCCUUAGCGUAGUGUGACGGGUCAAAAAUGACACUCAGGUUUCGAGAAGCGUGUAUCAAAUUUCAAGGAUCUGGUCAAGACUGUCAACUCGAUAGGGGCAUUCUGGUGAACUAAUUAAAACCAGGUUUAGAUACAGGGUUGAGGGUUCUGUUCUUGAAAUACGUGUACAAUGGAGUAAAAAACCUCUCUCGUGGCUUGGGCUCCUAACUUUUUAUUUUAGGAGCCCAAAGGGCUCUCAAAAAAAUUUCUUCUGCUGCAGCCUUGAGUCAUCCCGAUUUAAUGAUAAAUGAAAAUAAUUUCAGGAAAUAAUAAAACAGAUUGUUUCCAGAUUUCAGCUGUAUGCACUGGCGUAUGUACAUAGACACAAUUUGCCCCUGCAUUACCACCACUUUGAACAGUGGAGGAGUUAAAAUGUGGCUUCUUGAAAAAAAAAAUUUUUAUCUUUAACACUAGCACUGGCUUGAGAGUAAAACAAUUAUUAUUAAUGAUUUGCUGUGUUGGCAGGUUCAAAAGAAUCAAAGCUUGAGGAAGUUGAUAUCACACCGUGCCCUGCACAGCCCUGUCAAAUGAAGAGAGGGACCAAUGCGACGGUUGAAGUAAAGUUCAUUCCUAGUAAGUGAACUUUUGCAAAACUUUCCCAUGGAGCUGUUCUUUCUGUUACCCUAAUCACUCUCCUCAGAGAUGCUGAUCUUAAGAGGUCUAAAAUUUGAAAACUCUCUCUUUUGAAUCACCCCCCCCCCUCCUCCUUCCACUAUGAACACAAAUUGAACCAUCCUUGGAGACCUAGGGGCAGAUAGUUGGGGCGAGGGAAAGUCUAAACGGGCGGAAAAAUAAGGCGCGAAGAAAAGUAAAGAACGGCAAGCUUUACUUUUCUUCGCGCCUUAUUUUUCCGCCCGUUUAGACUUUCCCUCGCUCCCACUUUCUGCCCCUGGGUCUCUGAGGAUGAAAUUGAACCAGUCCCAAAAUAGAUUCUGCAACAGUUUUUUUCAAGUUUUGAUAAAGACUAGUGAGUGAAAAUCCAUUGAGACGGUUGGAAAGAACACUUUACAAUAGUAAAAUUGCCAAGUUUAAAGGGGAAAUGCCUAAGUGAGGGAAAAUAUUGCUCUACAAAGACACAAAAUUUUACAGACAAUUUUAUGGUGGGGGCAAGAAAUGCCCACCCCCAACCCCCACCAUGCAAACAUCUGUAAAAUGUUGUGACUUUGCAGAGCUAUAUCUUUGUUAGUUUUGGGUCUUCUGAUCAUGACUAUAUUAUUUUUCCUAAACUGUUGCAGAUGAGAUCAUUUCAAAAGCAAAAACUGUUGUUUAUGGUAUUAUCGGUGGAAGAGAAAUUCCCUUUCCAGGCGUCAGAGAAGAUGCUUGCCAGGAUCAAGGCCUGACCUGCCCAUUAAAACCUGGAACAGAAAACACAUUCAAAACAGUGCUACCAGUCAAGCCUUUCUACCCAAAAGUAAGUGCAUCGUCAUGAAUUUUGAUGAGCAGGAUUGAUUACAGUUCUUCUGUAACUGGAAUUCCCAAAACACUUGGUUAGCUCAGUUAGAUAUUAGCACCAGUCUGCUGAGCAGGAAGUCCCAUGUUCAAACCCUGGCCAGACCAACACUGAAGAGGGUCUUUAAAUAGUUUAGAAGAGUGAGCCUUAGCUCCUGUCUCACAACAGUUUCACCUAUCUGGUUCUUGUCAAACGUAAAAGAACCCACACCACUGUUCGAAAAGAGUAGGAGAUGUAGACCCCAGUGGUGUGGCGUACCUCACUUUCCUGGGCCUGCUGGGUUUUCUGUAAGGAGAGAUCUUUAUAUAGGGAUAACCUCAUGACUGUCCUUCAGGUGUCAUACCUGCAACAUUGUAUGUAAUAACAGAUCAUUAUACGCUUCUGGGAAACUGCCCACCUACCCCUCCCCUAAGCCAACAGUAACACUUACUUGUCAAUUAUAGGGCAAAUUAUGUUGGUUUAGGGGAGGGGUAGGUGGGCAGUUUCCCAGAGAGGUAUAAUGAUCCAUUAGGUAAUAACUUAACUCGCCCAUUGGGCUCAGUUGGUAGAGAGGUUGACUGUAGAGCAGGAGAGGUAGCAGGUUGGAAUCCCAGGGCCAGAUCAAACUUGGGGUCUUUUAUUAUAAUAAUAAGGAGGUACUGCCUUUGCCCUGCAAAUAUGGCCCUGAGACCUUCGCAUGCAGGCUCAGGUGACCACAUGAAAUGGUGGUCCUGUUUCCAGUGAGAGACGUUUAAAAACAGUACAGUUCUGUGUAAAUACAUUUUGAUUGCUUUCUUUUUUUAGAUAAAUUUAUCAAUAACAUUAUUUUUUACUGACAGGCACGUUUUCAUGUUGGUUGCAACAACUGUCAUUUUGGAAGGGAUGAGAAAAAAUAGAAAAUGGAAAAAUAAUAUAUAUAAAUAACGUUAUGUAAGCUAUUCUUUGUAUCAAAUUGUUUUUGUAUGUUUUUUUUUUGUCAGAUUAUAGUUGAUGUAAAAUGGGAGUUGCAAGAUCAAGAUACGAACAUGGUUUAUUGCUUUGAGUUGCCAGUGCAGAUUGUUUAACAAAGGUGUUUUACCUUCUUUUUCUUAAGGCCCACAUAAAAUGUUGUACUUCACAUGAGCUCAACCUAAUUAUUCUAAUGAGCAAAAGCUAUUGUUUUUGUUCAUUAGAAUUAGGUUCAAAUUUUGACUGAGGGCCUUACCGUGUUUCCUCAUGCUCACAAGCUUGCUUGCUCCCAAGAAUAAUUUUCUAUAACAGUCUUGUGGAAUGUCACAACAAGCACACAGGUACUUUAAAAACAUUAAGAAAAAUGACUCAAUGUUGCUAUUAUCAUUGAUCAUUAAGUUAAGUUUACCUAAUUUUUUAUAUGUAGCCUGUAAGCAAGCACUCCAUUUUGAGUGGUAAACAAAGUGAAACACACAAGAAUGCUUAAGCUAGCAGUGAAACCACAAGGAAUGCAAGAAAAAGGAAAGGAUUUGGAAGGAAAGGAAAAGCACAAAAAAGAAUGCAGGAGGAAAGGGCUGAUUUUCCUUUUCCAUCACUCUCGCAUAUUCUUUCGUGUGCCACUCCCACACUCUCACUGACAAUAUUCCUCAAAAUUAAUGUAGAUCUUGCUUGCAGGCCAGUAAAAAUGAUGCACUUUCAGGUGGCAUUUAUUAGAGAGCUUUAGAUUCUAAGACAAGGACGACUAGGAGUAGUUUCAGAGUAGUUUCAUCAAUACUAGCUAUGUAAGUACUGCUCACGUGUGUUUUUGGCAGGAAAACGUGACAGUAGUUAGGCAUUCUACUUCGAGUUUUAGCGAGAAUGUCAUAGUGUCAUAGUGAAACAAGUUUUAAAAUGUUAGAAGUUUUAUCAUUGCAAUCAGGAGAGGGCUUAACCUCCUUCAAUAAAGAUAUCAGUGCUAAAUCUUUGGGUGAAAAAAGUGCAGUGAUCGAAGCAUCCCGGGAAUUCUAGUUUUUGAGAAUACCCAAGAAAAACUUUAAGUCAAAUCUCAUACUCAUAGUUGUCCUCGUCCUCAAAUCUAAAGCUCUCUAUUAUUGAACUAAAAUAAAAUUGUACAAUUUUUUGUUGGCUUAUAGCAAAAAAUAAACUGAAACAGUGACAAAGAUAUGGUUUUCACUGACUAGCUUAACCUAUCAUAAGUUUUCUAUACCUAGUUCGGCUAGUGGCUAUUUAUUUACUGUGUCUAAAAAAGUCUUGUCCGGUCAUCGGGGAAACACGAUUUUUCUGCUGGGCAAGUAACUUUUCAUGCUUGCUUGUCCAAUGGUAUAAAAAGCGUCCCACGUAGACCUUCUCAGGGGUUCGUCACGCGUUCCUGCCCCACUUACGUCUGCUAAACUGAAAGAUAAAUUCCUUUCCCAUUGUUCGCAAAUAUCAGCUGGAGAUAACGUGCAGAUUAUCAGGGAUCCAAUCGGCGAUGUUGAAAUCAAAGUGUUGACAAGCCAAACACAUAAGUACAAGCUAGGCAGAGUGUGAUAUGUGACCAAAGAUUUUUUGUUCCGGACAAGAAUCUAGGAGAUAAAGCACUGCAUUGGCUUUUUGUAUAAUUCUCUCAGUAAAGGAGCUGGAUUAGAUGUCGUUUGCUCAUAAAGUUGAUCUUUGGGUGAUGCAGCGACAGGGUUACCGUGUAACUGAACAAAAGGCAGAAUUUUUUUCACACUUUAUUGUUUUGUAGUAAAGCCGACUUCCGUUCAGCAAGUUCAACCUCCAAGGUAAUUUUAAUUUAAUGAGAUUGUGAGGGUAGCCUUUAGUACAAACGCUUGUGAGUUAACUGAUUAGUUUGUUCUACUGUAAGAUCUUCACCUUUUUUCAUGAGACCUUUCUGAUCUUUUCUGGAGCUAAUAUGUCAAGUGCGACAUUUAGCAAGGUCCAAUGUGCGCUUGCCAGAUCUGGAAGUCUGCUGUGAUUGGUCUACGUUUUUUCCGCUCAAAUUAGCAGACUUAGGAACGCGUGAUGAACCCCAAAGAACGUCUGUGAGGCUAGCCCAAUGGGCAAGGACCAGGCCUCCCAGUCAAUUUCUUACUCAAUCAUACUUAUCAAGACACAUGUUCAAUAUGGAC